GCAGAUCACUCGGGGUGUUUAAAAUAGAAAAAGGUAUGCAAGUCAAGCAACGCGGUGUUUCCCCUAUUAUCUCCCCGUCCGUCCUUAAAAAAAUGUAUCGCGGCGCCCCGAGUGUCUGUGUCUCGGUCACGGAUCACCUCUCUUCCAAACACGAUGGGGUAUCUUCCGAUUGAGAUCCGGAGUCCGCGAGGCCACAUCGUCGUCGGCGGCGGCGGUAGUAAUAACGACUACGACGACGACCAUGACACGAGAUAUCUCUGGCCGAUCUGGCUUUACGUCUUCAUCUCCGUCUUCCUGCUCAUGACAUCCUUGUUCUUCUGGUCUCUGGUAUUCUACUGCGUCAAAGAAAACAGACGCAAGCGACAAGGCCACCCCUUCCGCCUAGGCGGCGUCAUCUGGAGCGCCCUCAAGAUCGCCCUGUUCCUGUGGAUCCCCAUCGGCAUCUACAAGUGCUGCUGCGGAGGCGGCAACAGGCGACGCCAGAACGGCAACGCCGGCAGCUACGCCCGAAUCGGCGAGUACCAGGGCGGCGGUGCGGGCGCGGGCGGCGCCGUCAACAGCGCGUGGUGCGGCUCCUCCACCCCCGCCCCCGCAGCAGCGGCGCCGGCCCCGUACGGCGCGGGCGGCACUGACUACGCGGCGGCGGCGGGAAAGUUCGAGCCGAUAGCGUACGCGGGGGCGGCCGGCGCCGGCGUCCACCAGCACCACAACCCCAUGAACGGCCCGGCACCGGCAGCGGCAACGGCAUACUACGCCCCUGACACCCCCGGGCCACCGCCGCCGUCCUACACCGUGCCCGCGGCGCCGCAGGCGGGGUACUACCCUGAGACAGCAUCGUCCUAUCCGCCUCCGAAGCAGGCGCCGACGCCGGCUCCUACGCCCCCGGCACAGGUCACCUAUACCCCUCCUCCUCCUCCGCCGCCGGCGUCGUCGUACGCUCACGCUCCCGCUCCCGCUCCCGCUCCCGUGCCCCCUUGGACGCAGGGGGCGUAUAUGCAGGCGACGUAUGUCCCGAGCCACAGCGCCGAUCCGUAUUGUGGGCCGGGAUCUGUAUAGGCGGUUCGUGCCGGGGGCGGUGGGAGAGGUGGUGCGAGGGCGAGGGGUGUCUGGCUGGGGGUGAGGGCCGUCUUGGGUUGGGUGUUGCCUGCUUCUGGUGGCGCACGGGGUGGGAUGGAUGUUCCACUGCCCGUCUCUGUAUCUAAUUGCGAUUGGGUGGUUCCGUGGCGUUUGGAUUUAUUUAUCUGCCUAAUUGUAUGAUCGGCGAUAUUAUUUGCGGAGGCAUA